ACACAUCCAGGUUCCUCCCUCCUUCUCUCCUUUCUCUCUCCCCGCCUUCCCGGCGCUGCCACAGUGGCGGGACGGAGGAUCCCGACCAGUCAGCUCGCUGCGGCCUCGCGCUCCUCCUCCUCCCAAAUAAACAGCCCUCCCCAAGCUGGGAGCCCAGGCCGUCCCCUUCUUCGCACAGCCGGCGAGUGGUGAGGGAGCGCGGGACCGAAGGACCAAGGGACAGAGGGAUCGGCGCACGCGCGUGCGAGCGAGCGAGCGAGCGAGCGGCCGGCGCGAAGCCGGAGCAGAAGCCAGAGCCGGAGCCGAAGCCGGAGCCAUAACCUGAGUCGGAGCGGUAGUGAAGCCGAAGCCGGGCUCCGGACCGGCGCGCACGCACACACACGCACGCGGGGGGCGGGGCCGGCGCGCGCCCGCUUGUCGCGACUGUCGGCACCGAGGCCCAGGGGGAGGUGGCCUGUCGCGGGUCGCCCGGCUCCCGGUGGCGAAGGGGGCGCGGGCGGAUGGCGGAAGGCGGCCAGGCGCAGCAGCAGCCGCCUCAGCUCGGGCCCGGCGCUGCCGCCCGGGGCAUGAAGCGGGAGUCAGAGGUGGAGCUGCCGGUGCCCGGAGCGGGGGCAGACGGACCCGAGCCCGGCCUGAGCAAGCGGCCACGCACAGAGGAGGCGGCCGACGGCGGGAUGCAGAACGAGCCACUGACCCCGGGUUAUCAUGGAUUCCCAGCAAGGGACAGCCAGGGUAACCAGGAGCCAACAACAACUCCUGACGCAAUGGUUCAGCCUUUUACUACCAUCCCGUUCCCACCUCCUCCACAGAAUGGAAUUCCCACAGAAUAUGGAGUGCCACACACUCAGGACUAUGCAGGCCAGACCAGUGAACAUAACCUGACGCUCUACGGGAGUACACAGCCUCAUGGAGAACAGAGUAGCAAUUCACCCAGCAACCAGAAUGGAUCUCUCACGCAGACAGAAGGUGGAGCACAGACAGACGGACAACAGUCACAGACACAAAGUAGUGAAAAUUCAGAGAGUAAAUCCACGCCUAAGCGACUACAUGUCUCUAAUAUUCCCUUCCGAUUCCGGGACCCUGACCUCCGGCAGAUGUUUGGGCAGUUUGGCAAAAUCCUAGAUGUGGAAAUAAUCUUUAAUGAGCGCGGCUCCAAGGGAUUCGGGUUCGUAACUUUCGAGAAUAGUGCUGAUGCAGACAGGGCCAGGGAGAAAUUGCACGGCACCGUGGUAGAGGGCCGUAAAAUCGAGGUGAAUAAUGCUACAGCACGGGUCAUGACCAACAAGAAGAUGGUCACACCAUAUGCAAAUGGCUGGAAGUUAAGCCCAGUAGUUGGAGCUGUGUAUGGCCCUGAGUUAUAUGCAGCAUCCAGCUUUCAAGCUGAUGUAUCCCUAGGCAAUGAGACGGCUGUGCCCUUAUCAGGAAGAGGAGGCAUCAACACUUACAUCCCUUUAAUCAUUCCUGGCUUCCCUUACCCAACUGCAGCCACCACGGCAGCUGCUUUCAGAGGAGCCCAUCUGAGGGGCAGAGGGCGGACAGUGUAUGGUGCAGUCCGAGCGGUACCUCCAACAGCCAUCCCCGCCUAUCCAGGUGUGGUUUACCAGGACGGAUUUUACGGUGCUGACCUCUAUGGUGGAUAUGCAGCCUACAGAUAUGCACAGCCUGCUACUGCAACCGCAGCCACAGCUGCUGCAGCCGCUGCAGCCGCUUACAGCGACGGUUACGGCAGGGUGUACACAGCUGACCCCUACCAUGCCCUCGCCCCUGCCGCCAGCUAUGGAGUUGGCGCUGUGGCGAGUUUGUACCGAGGUGGCUACAGCCGAUUUGCCCCCUACUGAAGUGACGUGAGACCCCUGCAAAUGGGACAGCCCCCAGUUCAUGAGGCCUGGCUAUUGCAAUAUUUACUAGUAGAGGACUCUAUAGCAAGAUGAAGAGGAAAACAAACAAAAAAGAGAGAAUACUUUUUUAUACCUCACUAUGUUCUUUGAAUAUGUAUUUUUCCUUUAAAUUUCUGCCUUUAAUUCUUUUGUUCCAAAGAUUGUGCUUUUUAUUUUGUUUUUUUGUUUUUGAAUUUUUGUUUUUGUUUGGAGAGGGGGUUGUUUUUUGGGGUUUUUUUGUUUGUUUGUUUGUUUGUUUGUUUUUUAUUGCUUUGAAGGUUUUUUUUUGAUGUUUUUAUUUUUGCUUUUUUAAAACUGUGGUUAAAAAAAAAAAAAAGAUAGUGCAUUUCCACGUCUGUAUGUCCAUGCUUAGCUUAUUCUGUCGGUCACAGAAGAGGCAGUUGAGGAGGAAGGAGCUGAUACAUGUAUUUGAUCAGAAGCCAGCAGACAGAAUUACCAAAGUGGAUCUGGUGCUGAUGGCUGGGGGGACAAGCAGAGUGGAGGCCAGCUCUGCAGCAGUGUGCCCUUCUGGCCUGUCUUUGGCUGGAGGCUCUGACUGGCUGUGGCUGGAAUCCACAUGCCUUUAGGUAGGAGUUUGUGCUUGUAAAGUAGGAGAAUUUAAAAGAUGCUUUUCUCUCCUCUUCCCUCCUGCCUUUGUAUUCUUUUUACAAUCAUUUACAGGCACAGCCUGAGAGUGUUGGCAUGGUUUUUGUAAUUACAGUGCUGGUAUUUCCAGGCAUGCUCUCAGACUGUGGAUGAGAAACACCUCAGUACAAAAAUGAUCUUGGAGUGAGCUCUGGAAUAGGAAAACACUUGUUUCUUUUCUUUUCAGAAAUCUCAGCACUCCUGCUGGGCUGUUGCCACUUUAAUUGAGCCACUGUGCAACUCCUCUGUUCUUUUAUUAACAUGCUACUCCCAUGUCCUCAGACUCAGGAGUUUGGGAUCCAGGGACGGAAGAAUGAAUAGUCAGUGGCCAGAUUUCCCCCCAGGUAUCUGGGCACAGUAUGAGGAUUAAAAGUACAAAUUGUUCAGAGCCAUUAAAGAGUGUGUAGAAGAGAAAAGGGGGAUCGUCGAUCUGAUAUCCCUUCGUUUUCUUGCAGCACGAAGUCAGAAGUCAGUACAGAGUAAGAAAGGCAUCAGAAAGCCUCUGCUGGGGCAGGAUAAGGAACGAUGCCCCUAGGCUGGCUGUCCCUACAAGUGUGCUGAUGAGGACCAGUAAGGGCAGGCAGAGGCAGUUUGUCCUCACUCCAAAGCCAUAGGAAUUUCCAUCUUCCAGAGCCUCUGUGAGUCUCCAGCCUUUGUGGCCACUGCAUCCAGCUUCACAGUGUCCUCCAGAGUCACAGCCAAGCACCUGGACCCCUCAAGGAGCAUUAAGAAGACAGGCCAUGGACUUUAAGCCUGCCUUGGAAGGAGGAUAUAAAAUGGCCAGAGUCCUUCUGCAGAGGCCAUGGCAGUGAAACCUGGCUUCAGUUUUGUUUCCAAAGGACUUCUUUCUCCCUCCAGAUCUGAGAUGUAUCCAAAAGGCAAGGGUCCCACAGAGGCUCCAAAAUGAAGGCAUUAGGAAGUGGGGCUGUCGGCUGUCUCCCUGGUCAGUUCACCUGAGGGAUCGCUGCUAAAGGGACAGCAGAGUUCAGAGACAUGAGCUUUGGCUUUGUUAGGGUCUAUUUUAGGGUUAUUUUAUUGGGGUUUGGUUCUUUUGUUGUUGUUGUUCUUAUUCUUGUUGUUGUGUUGUUGUUGCCUCUGCCUCUACAUAUUUUUUACUGAUAAAUGAUUCAUGUCCCUGAAUUAAAGUGGCUGACAUUUGACUGAAUCAAGCAUCCUUUUGUAAGCAGGGACAGCCUUGGCCUGCAGUUGACACAUGCCAUCUUGCCCUCAGAUCCCGUCUCCCAGGAUAUCUGAGGAGACAACAUGGAAGCCAGAGAUCUCAGUAUAGUCAUUGAUUCUGGGGCAACAUGUGGAACAGGAAACAAGACUGAUGGCCUACUGGCCACUUACGAAGUCCCUUCCCCCAAGCCAAAGUUUGGUUUGUUGUUGCUGUUAUGACAGGUUUCAUUGUAUGUGCAUAAGUUUUUUAGGGGAAGGGAUGGGCUGGAGCCUUUUGGAGUUCUUUCUAGAGAAUGGGGGCAGAGAGGUUUUUCUUUCUUUUGUUUCUUUUUGAGAAAAUGUACUGGCUAAAGGAACAGACAUUUUGGGUCUUCGUUUAUUCUCACAAAAAGGCAAGCCCUUCACCUGGUGGAAACUAGGCCAGUCCCUUGACAAUUGUAUCCACAAAGGGUAGAAUGGGAGAACGAAUUGAGGAAGACUUCUUUUUUCCUAGGAAUAAGGGUGGCCAUGGCAGGGAGAAGAGGACAGUCCCCGUGGCCCAUACUGGAGGGGCCUGAGAAACCUUCAUGCACUUCAGUUCAGCUGGUUCUGGCUGAGUCCUCUAAGGCCAGUCUGUUUGCCAGCAUGUCUCUGCUGCAUGUACAAGGACACUCUCCAGUGCCGCUUCUUCCUCAAGCUCUGUUCCGAGGAAGACUAGAUGGAGUUGGCUUUUUAUGCAAGGAUCUUUGGAUUUCAGGGUGAGCAAUGAGAGUUGGCUCCCCCAAGUGUCUGGAUUUCACUGUAUUGGCCUCAUGGUUGGUCCUCAAGGCCACGGUGCUGGCAUGUUGGACUGAUUUAGGAAGCAGGCUAGAGGAGAUGGGCAUUUUGUGACUCUGUUAGAGGAUUCUAGGUGAUGAUUUCAAAAAGAUGGCUGAUGCUGAGUCGCAGUGUGAGGAGGGCGUUUUCAGUUUUUGCAGGCCUCUUUAGACUGGGCAUUCUAUGCUGUGACUCUUGCUGGACUCCUUUAAGGAGACUUGUAGUGAAAACGUCUGUCUGGCUGUUCCUCUUUCAGCCCAGAGAGCUGCCUUAGGUCUUUUCUAGAAUGUCUGUGUUACUUAGUUCAACCUCAGCCCAGAAGCACCAUGCUACUCGUCAUUUUAAGGCUCUCAGGUUUCCAGGAACCUCUGCCACUGUCACCCUGCAGCAGCCGCUGUCUGAACUGAGCCAACGUGUUUCCUUCCCUUGGAAACCGACUGGCACUUGGCUCUUAGUUUAAGGAGAGCUUGUGGCUUUUCCUCAAACGUGGACUCCUCAGGGGCUGAAUUAUUUAGUUUAGGCUGUGCUUUCUUAGAGGCGCAGCCAGCAGGUCCGUGACCACCUCCAUCCUGUACCUAGUCAUGUAGCUUCCAGACACAAGGGACUGUAAGAUGAGAAGGAUAUGAGGCUAUGCAAGAAGAGCAUAGUGUGCCCCUCCCUGUGCCAGGCGAACAAGGCCAACCAAGGGCAGUCUGGGACACAGGUGUGCCCGGAAGGAUGGGAAGCUGCCUGGUGAACCUUCCCCUUUGGCCCAGCCAGUUCUCCACUACUCAAAAAACUCUAGCAUGGCAAUGUUUGCAAAGUUGCAGACUUUUCCCCUGGAUAUUAGGAGGAAAGGGACUUUGGGGGGUGGGGAAGGGGUCGUGGUGUUUUAAAGCAUAAGUUACCUGUUUGCACUGUUUUCAGAUAGGAAACAAUAGUGGGCACGGUGAACAUCUAAUGUAAACGUGUGGUUUAUUUUGUCAUGCUCUUGAGAAUGUCUGAUCAUUUGUAGUAUACACCAGUGACACUUGAUUCUCUGUUGCAUAAAACACUAUAUUUUUGGAAAUGUUGCUGUCCGAAGCCUCUUCCCACCCUUCCCUCUCCUGUGUACCGCCUCUCUCCUUGCUUCCUCAUCAGCCAGGCAAUUGCCAUCCCUGGGCUAGAGCGGGAAACAGGACCCCAUCCCAAGCAGGCUCUGGGUGUCCUAAGCCAGCAUGUGCCCUCUAGGUUACUGGGUGCAGAACAGUCCCUUGGCAACUUUCCUUUCAAAAUGCUCACCAACUACCACAGGUUGCCAAACUCUUCAGCGAGGCAAUAGAAGUGAGCUAGGGGGCACGGGUCCCUGAAGUAUUGUGGUUGGCUGUGGAAGCCAUGUUCUUAUGCAAGUUACCGAAACUGUAGCCAGUUACAGUGUACUCAGGAAAACGGUCAAUGAGUUCAGCCAUGGUGGUGCUGGCUGGCGGGGAUUGGUAACUGAGAACUGCCCAUCAGCCGAAACUCGACCUUGCCUUGACAGAGAUCUCCCACCUAGGGGGCAGCCCUCUGUACAUGCCAGCACUGGGAGGGCUGCACUCAUCCUGGCAGGCAAAAAGGGAACAGCAAUGCUCUUUCCCUCCCUCCCUCUUCCGGUUACCAAUGCCAGAUUCCCAGGGGCACGCGAGUUUUUGAGUUUUUCAGAAAAUGCUUUUGGUUUGUUUUAUCCGGGGACUGGUGUGCUUUAAUCGCUGUCCGUCCCCAUCAGGACUCCUAGCUUAGCUGUUUGCUUGUGUUUUCUGUUCACAGUAUUUUUUGUGUGCGUGCUUGUUGGGCAGCUCAUUUUGGCUGCAUUAUAUAUCGAGUGAUGAACUGAUCCUUUUUUUCCCCUAAGAGACAUGACUUUUCCCUCUAUCAGCAUUCAGCUUGUGAAUAGCUAGAGCCACCCUGGGGCUGACACGUCUAAGUUAGAGCUACAGAGUGAACUGAGGCUCUCAGUUUUUGAGUCUCUUAUCUUUUCAAGGCUCAAAGUACCACAGAACCUCGCUCUUCUCCACACCCCUGUGGCAGGGAGUGGCCUGCCUAGCACAUGUGGUUUCCCCAUGGCAGGACAGGUACCACUGGGACAUGGGGGCAUCCGCGGAUGCUUGCCCAGUUGACCACCCAGCUGUGUCUCCAUCCCUCCCAUCCUCUCCCAGAGUCACUUCCUAGGACACCCGAGCUGCUUGCCCAAGGUCCUGUUUCCCUGCUAACUCCAGAGAAGCACCCAGGGCUUUGUGACAGUCUCUAACUCCCUCCCUCCCUCCCUCCCUCCCUCCCUCCUCCUCCUUAAGAAUCAUAUUGUAUAGUAGCUUUCAGACCAUACAGUAUUCAUUGGGUUACUCCUAUUAUCAAGUAGCUGGAAUUGUGAAGGUUGGAGUAGUUAGACCUUUAGCUUUUAUUCAUUAUUUUUUGUAUUACUCUCCAUGUGUAUAAAUUAUUGAUCAUGUUGCUGGCUUUUAUAAACUCUUAGCAAAGGAGGGGCCCUGCCUCAGCCUUUGCAAAUGGUAAUGAAGCACUGUUUUUAAAUAAAAGAGAGAAACACCA